CAAAGACAACACCUAAUCUAACAUUUUUUGACACCAAUGGAGGCCCAUAGAUGUGAGGCUUUGAGGAUGAACACGGACCCACUUUGCCUGCAUAAGCGAAUCACCCAAAGAGUGUAACCGCCUGACGGAUGGUCUCUAAGACCCCACGGUCCCCGCCUGCGGGCCUUACGCAUGCAGCAAACAUGCACCUCUCAUACAAAGGAGGCUCACAUUCUGUCUCAUUUAUCGUUGGCUAUGUCUGCUCCUCUUAUCGGCCCUUUCGCCCAAGGUGAUGCCAUUACCAUGGCUUCGGAGAACCCCAGUGUUACGGGUGAAGUGCCCCGAGCUCAUCCUGACACAACUGCUCAAGCUAAGACGAAGCUCAAACGCCGAAGAGCGAAGCGUGAAGGCCCACCGCAGCUCCAGUUCCUCAUUGCAAACAAUCCUUCACAGUUUCGUGAUGAAAAUGCGAAAAGGAGCGUGCGCUCGCAAGCGAUGAUACACUGGAGACACGAAGAAGGCAAGAAGAAAGACAAAAAUAAGCAGAAAGCCGAUUUGGCGUCGGCUUCUCCAGCGAAAGUUGAAAUUCGCGAUGCAUCCGCCAGAUUUGAGUAUAGCUUGAACCUUCCGACUCACACUCGUCAUGGACAACCGCAGCAUGCAUCCUCAAACACGCAAUCGGACCCAAGAAUAUCGGGUUCUGGCUCAAGUCCCUCCGUUGGUCCCGGUCGCUCAAGUUGGCUGCUCACUGCACCUGCAGCCGCAGAUUACAAGACGCCAGCCACCGCCGAACAAGCAGUAACCGACUACGAAGAAAGUGAGAGGCACGAAGAGCGACUGAUCCGAAGGAUUGUUGUUGGAUUAGCCGAGUUUCAUCAUGUCGCAGCUUCUCAAGACCCAUUUGAUGUGCUACCGCAGUUUCGAGACCGCCGUCUGGAUGCGAUGUAUCUGUCACGUCAAUGUAUGCGCGCAUUCGCCUCUGAUUCAACCACGGAAAAAUGGUUACCGCUGAUGCUGUCGCACCCGCAUAUUAUCCUAAGUUCGACAGUUUUGGCAUCAACAUGGCUCGAUAUGCACAAUGACUAUUCCGGUGAUAGUCCAACGACUACCAUGGUAAAAAACGAAACCUUUGAGAUGAUCAACGAGCGUUUACGCAAUCCUAUAUUGCGGCUCGACAAUGCUACCCUUGCAAUUAUCUUGCACUUGUUCGCAGGCGAGAUGUGGCUGUGCAAUGAAAAGACUCUCCGGAUCCACGAGAACGGUAUUGCUACAAUUAUAUCGCGACGUGGUGGCUUGUCCACAUUCUUCAAUGAAAGAGCUUUAGCCGAAGUGGCUGUAGCUUGUUGUUAUCACUGUGACAUCUUUUGCGAAGCCGAGACAUUGCCAGUAUUUCGAGGCAACCUGCCCACGGACCGGUCUCUAAGUGAAGGGGUAGCACUGCCAGAAUCGCCAUUGUAUUGCCCGACGCAGACUUUCUCUACAAUCCCCGAUGACCCUCAAUGCUCGCCGUCCACCUUGGAAAUCUUGGUCGACAUGAGAGAUCUUACAAAUACCUUUGUGGCGCAUAAAACUGCUCUGAACACCAUACACGAUGUCGACGCAAUAGAUAUCGCACAGCUGAGUCCUCCUAAUGAAGCAUACGAGGCUACAGUUCAUGCUAUUCAAUCGCGAUUAGCUGCCCUGCCUUCUGCCCAUACGCAUGGCCUGUCAGUGUCUGGGGAUUGGGUAUACGAAGCAUGUCGCAUAGCGGCGCUGAUCUACACAACUGCAAUUGCAAUGGGCGUUCCAUUCUCUGUGGCUGCUGAUCCAAACUACGCAGAUCUUUCUGCAACCCAAAUGACAUUCGCUAUUCCGGAUGGUGGUGAUCAAUUCGUCAGACCUCAUCGUACCAAAGCAUUGUACGAGACACUUCAGCGGGCCGACACCAGUAAAGUGUGGAAAAAUAUGUCUGGUGUUCUCUACUGGGUGAGCGCUGUAGGUGCAGCAGCGGCCCGCAUACCGAGUACAGCAGACAUGACGCAACGAGAAAGACUGAAGCCUGAGGCGUACUCUGUGUGGGUUCGACGGUGCCUAAUCAUGACUGCUACGCGUACGAUGAUCGUGCUUGUUUUUGAGCGUCCCACAGCAAUCAUUGCAGCGCAAAAAACCUUGUUAAAAGUGCAGGAGCUUAUUGGAUCUCACGCAUCUAGACGUCUGGAGACUUGAGCGAGCUGUGCGUGUCUCGCGUGAGACUUCAGUUCGUUCGGCUCGCGGAGCUUCGCGGAGUUUCGCGGAUCCCGGGUUCCGUGCUUUCUGCGGCAAUUCAGCAGCACAACCUUCGUCACACGGACAGUGUGAUGUCAACAGCGGACGAAACAGUUCGAGCGGCUCGUGGGUCUGAGUUUCCGAGUACCCGUAUCCAUUACUGUGACUCGGCGUUGCUUCCACGGCCCACAGCACGCGCGAAACAACAGCCAUCAUCCUACUGAGCAUCCUGUCAGGCGCACACGUCACUUUAUUCGAAUCGCAAAGGCUCCAAUUUGUCCGAUCUCGAAAGAUUUUGCAGCUGUGCGGUUUGGACCAUUCGAGCUCAUUUGUGAGAAACCGACUUGCGGCGUUCACUUAUGUCCGGCACCCUUUGUCACAACUGCUUACUAUUCUGUUGGAAUACACACUCUUGUUCCUUGUAGUGCAAAUUUUGG